AUGAGCGAGAAGACGUUGGUUGGACUGGCGACGGGCGCCAGCGCCCUUCUGAUUCUGGCCUCGAUCGCCACCGUCGUCUACCUUUAUAACGACAUCAACAACUUCUUGGAGGAGUCUCAGCGCGAGCUCGGCGAGUUCAAGGUUUGGCUUUACCUUCUCCUGACAUUCUCAACUUGGCUUAGGGGUGAUUUCAAGACUUCUGAAUCCAGAACAAAGGAAGUUUUGUCGAUUUAUGCCUUAUACUGAAGUCAUGACGCUUCGAAAGCUUGAAAUUCACGGCAAAGGGGGCGUGGCCUGUCUGCGCUCUCCACAAACCCGGCACUGUCUCCUUUUAAAUAGUUUUUUUUUUUUGAAUUUUUCAACGCGUCAUAGCUCGACUAUUAGACAAAAAUCGCAAAAUCCUCUUCUCGUUCUGAAAUCUGGAGGUCCUGAAGUACAAAACUUUUCCAGAUCCUCGCCAACGACGCCUGGGACACGAUGAUCAUCUCCCAGACGCCUUCAGUCAAUUCUCGCAACGUCCGAAGCAUUUUCGACGCUCGCCGACACAAGAAACAAGCCUCGCAGUGCAACUGUGGAGCUCAGCCGAAUAACUGCCCGGCUGGACCUCCAGGACCCCCCGGAGCCGCUGGAGAGCCCGGUCACGAUGGUCAUCCAGGAAACCCCGGAGCGCCUGGAAGUUCUGGCAUCGGUGGCGGUAGCUCUUCGGGUGGAUCUGAAUGCAUUCAGUGUCCAGCUGGAGCGCCAGGACCAGCCGGAGCUCCAGGACAAGCUGGACCGCCAGGCCCGGCCGGACAGCCAGGACAAGACGCUCAAGGAGGUCAGCCAGGGCCUGCCGGACCCCCAGGACCAGCCGGAGACGCUGGGGCGCCUGGAGCUCCAGGAGGUGAUGGUCAGCCUGGACGUGCCGGUCAGCCCGGAAAACGAGGACGAGGACUGCCAGGACCGGCCGGAGCUCCAGGACCAGCUGGACCAGCCGGUCAGCCAGGACAGGAUGGACAGCCAGGAGGUUCCGGAUCCGCAGGAGCUCCAGGACCGGCCGGACCAGAUGGCCAGCCCGGUCAGCCAGGAAGCGACGGACAGCCAGGAGCGCCAGGAGGCGACGGCGGACCGGGAAGCGAUGCUGUGAGUUUGACGAGCUCUCUUCAUAUCGAAACUUUUUUCAGGCCUAUUGUCCUUGCCCCAACCGUAGCGGCGGCGCUGUCCAAGUCGACGCCGCCGUCGAGACCGAAGAUGGCGCCUACAAUCGCGUGGCAGUCGCUGCACGACACCGAAGCGUCGCCAAAAAGCACCGUGCCGUGGCGGCCAAGCGAAGAGUUGUCGCCGCUGCGGCCCGACAAAGAGUCGCUGCGAAGCGACGCAUCGCCGCUUGA